AUGGCUUUCCGAAAUUUGACUAUCCGCUCAUCGCCAGCAAGGCAUGCUGCGCAGGCUAUUGCGCCGCUUUCCAGGCCCGUUGCUAGGAGGUGGGGGAGUUCAAUCUCACAAAGGCCUGGCUCCGAUCGUGUACACUUCCCAGGAGCCAUCAAUAGCAAAUUCACAACCGAUAUGACCUUCCUUAAAGCAUCCGAUCUUCCUGCCAUUCCAACUUAUCGAGUAAUCGACUCCGACGGCGAACUAGUGGAUAAAACACGCGGUCCGCCUGAUGUAUCCGAUGAGGAUGUUUUAACAUGGUAUAAGAAUAUGAUGACUGUGAGCAUCAUGGAUGUGGUUAUGUUCGAGGCGCAGCGACAAGGUCGCCUUAGCUUUUAUAUGGUUUCCGCUGGCGAGGAAGGUAUCGCCGUUGGUUCCGCCGCAGCAUUAACACCAGACGACGUGGUAUUCGCCCAGUAUCGAGAAGCAGGAGUAUUCCAACAACGGGGCUUCACAUUAAAGAACUUCAUGAGUCAAUUAUUCGCCAACUGUAACGAUCAUGGCCGCGGCAGGAAUAUGCCUGUACACUAUGGCCAGAAUUACCCUCGCACGCAUACCAUAUCAUCUCCUCUGGCAACACAAAUCCCUCAAGCGGCUGGCGCUGCAUAUGCACUUAAAAUCCAAGAUCUCCAGAAUCCUAACCAAUCUCCCCGUGUCGUUGCUUGUUACUUUGGUGAAGGUGCCGCGAGCGAGGGCGACUUCCACGCAGCUCUUAACAUUGCCGCUACUCGAUCAUGCCCAGUUGUGUUCCUUUGCCGAAAUAACGGAUUCGCAAUUUCAACCCCAACGCUGGAACAAUAUCGUGGUGAUGGAAUCGCUAGCCGAGGUGUAGGCUAUGGAAUCGACACGAUUCGAGUAGAUGGAAACGAUGUGUUUGCUGUUUACGAGGCAAUGAAAGAAGCCAGAGAGCGCGCACUAAGCGAUGGUGGACGUCCUGUUCUGAUUGAGGCGAUGAGUUACCGCGUAUCUCAUCAUAGCACGAGUGAUGAUAGUUUCGCAUAUCGUGCACGCGUCGAAGUUGAGGAUUGGAAGCGUCGUGAUAACCCGAUUAUUCGAUUGCGAAAAUGGCUUGAGACUAAAGGUAUCUGGAAUGAAGACCUGGAAAAGGAAACAAGGGAUUCAUUACGGAAAGCUGUGUUGAAGGAGUUCGCGGAUGCGGAACGUGAAAAGAAGCCGCCUCUUCGUGAGGCUUUCACGGAUGUUUAUGAGGAGAUCACUGAGGAGACUCAGGAGCAGAUGAAGGAGCUCAAACGCAUUUUAGAGACGUACCCUGCUGAGUAUGAUUUACGACCAUAUCAGGAUGGCAUAAAGGGUUUGGAUUAA